CACGCAUACACAUCCACACAGCAGCUGGUGUGGAGGAGAACAGAAACACACAGAAUCUGGUCACAUUCAUUGCUUGGGAUUGAUUAUUGAGAAGGCUCCAUAGACUGCCAGUCUCGUGUGCAGUUUAACAGCAUCUGAAAGCAGCUUUUCCGCUCAUCACUUGCUCCACCAAGUCCGACUGCAGUCCUUCACCUCUCACCGUCUCACCAAUGUCAACCGCCACUCAACCCUGGCACCUGAAUGGAGGUGUUGGUUUCCCUUUCAAUGAAGAGAGAGUCAUAUCAGGUGGUGUGAACAGGAAUUCGGCAAUCAUCGGAGGCAUUAUUGCUGUGGUGAUCUUCAGCAUCUUGUGCACUCUGGUGUUCCUGAUUCGCUACAUGAUUCGACACAAGAGAACGCACCACACCAAUGAGUCCAAAGAGGAAGAGCACUCCGAGUCAGCUGACACGGCUAUCAUCGGCACUGAGCCCAAUUUCACAGAGACCAUCGAUGAGAGCAAGAAGGAAUGGUUCAUCUAACAGAAUGAUCUAAAUAAGGAUCAAUACAUACCCCCCCUCCCAUCUUUCACCCUACUGUAUGUGUACCUGUCUGUCUCUCUCUCUCUAUUCCUCCCUCUCUGUCUCUCUGUCUCCCCCUGUCAGGGAGUCCAGCUUCAAUGUUUUCUAAAAGUGCAGCUGUUUAUGCAUGAUAGAGCCAACGGGGGUGGAUGAGUACGAGGAUCGCAGUGGGAUCAAUGACCGCAGGCCUGGCCGUGUUCUGAUUCAGAUUUUAUUGAAAAAUAUGGAGCCUGAAGAUUAGAUGAGUGGGAAUGUGAGAUGGAAGAAGAAAAAAACACAUGCACCCUCUGUCAUGGAACUAAUCCAAAUCUUCUCUGACCUCAUUCGACCUCUAGCUACAAAAUCAAAUCCAGAGGCCAUCCUUAGCUGCGGUUGGAUUUAGAAACAUUCUGUGGAAGUUGAUGGAAACAACACUACUUUGAUCAUCAGUGUCGUGAUAACGAACUAUACGAGUGAUGUCUUCAUGAUCUAGACAUCCCUAAGCAGCAACGCUGGACAUAAUGAGCCUUACAACCAGACCAGUGCUGGAGGAAUUAGCUGAGGGUGCCAUUAAGGAUAUGGCUAAAUCAAAACAAAAGCACAACAUGAAAUACAGUUUCUCAUAAAGAAAUGAUAAACCACUGCUCUCAGUUGAAUCUUUUAGUCCAUUUACACUCAUAUAGUACUCUCACUUUUUUUAAACCAUCUAUUUUUGAACAGGGCCAUUAUAUAAUCAGAUAUAUACAUUCACUAAUACAAAGUUUAAGCUAAUAACUGUUGAUUUGGUGUUUUGCAAGAUUUACCUCUGAUUGGAAA